GUACACGUCAUAAUUAUACUCAAGGAUAGUUGAUUUUUAUUUAACACUAAUUUAUGUUAACUGUAUUGUAAACAUAUUAAAUAACGGAACACUUACGACCCAAAGAUAGCAUGGUAGUAAUAGGUCGAAUGUUUGUGUGAUGGCACAAAAAGGUGAACUCGAUGUUUUGUCAGAGACAACACUUUUGUUGACCAACAGCAACAUGCACACCCAAUCGGCUAUUGAAGAAGAACCAAAUGAAAACAACAACCAUAACCAUCAAAAAUCAGGGAAAAAGAAAAAUAGACUCAAAACUUUGAGGAGACGUGUAAAGGAUCCAUUCAAUAAGAGGAAAAUUAAAGAGUUGAAAUGGAGGGAAAAGUUUUUGGAGAGAACUGUCGAAGGACUCAGCAAAAAAUUACUAGAUAUCAUUAAAAGCCAUCCAAUAGGGGAACCAAUCUUAAAUUCGGUUGGAAGUCUGCAAAUCGACUGUAUCAACAACAUACACCAUAACUCCGAAGAUGACCUUGACGAGUUACAAAACGCGAUUGAUAGUUUAACAGAUGCAGCAAAUAAACUGCUUAAUGAAAUUACAGCAGAAAACGAGACAAGGCAGAAAGAAAAUGCCGAGCUGAAACUUUACUGCGAACGUUCGGAGAUGAAGUUGGGUGAAAUAAAAGACCUUGUGACACAGUGCUCAUCUAAAAUAAGCCAGCAAGAUAUCGGCCACGUGCAAGCACUGAAAGAUUUAAAAGAUCUGCAGGACACACUGGUCGCAGACACACCAGACGACAAGAUUGUGUCUGAUGGCAUCUCAGGAAUACGUCUUGGCUUCAUAUUUGAUGAGGAAUAUGACUUUCUACCGUUUAAGACAAAGCUGCUAGUUACAAAAAUCCUUCAUUUAUUCGGUAACCAUCUACGUGUGCAUACUAAAUAGUAAUUUUCUUUUCACGAUUAUCCGAAUGAUUUUCUAA